AGAAGAUGAAGUGUCGUGAUGAUGUGUCUGGACUCUGUUCCACCUCAGUAGAUCCGCAGAGAAAGUACAUUUCUAGGCUAACAAAGCCAACUGCCAUCGCGGCAGAAUUACCUUCUGCUGCUUCUUACGUUAAUUCCAAAGUUCUUCUCUCGCCAUUAAAACCUCCACAAUCCAUCACCAUUUCCUCAUUUUCAACUUCUCCUCCAAAUUCUACACCAUGCCGCCUCUCAAUCUCAAACAAUCCCCUUCCCAAACCCUAACCUCCACCACCGCCGCCGCAGCUUCUUCUACCUCACAAGACGCUCGGCUCCUUGUUCGCGAAACGCUGCGUAUUAGCGCUAAUCUGGCAUCCGCGCCUCCUAAUCACGGUUCUCCGUCUCUCGCUAAUCAUCCUGGUGAAUCCGUUUCUCAAUCUCAGCCUCUGCUUUCUCUCGAGGGAACCAGAUUGCGAGGCCUCGUGGAAGAGGAAUUCGUCGAUUCAAGCUUUAGAUUGAUCUGUUGUGAGGAAAUCGAUGGCCGGAGAUGGAGGUACGUUGCCGAGAAAGACGCCGCCGGUGGUUUUAAAAAGAAUUCCAUACGUGCCAUUAGUUUGCAGACUCCUCAGGCUCCCGUCGAUGAGUUGAUGUCGUUCAUAAGAUCCUAUGUAGUACCAGAAGGCUUUCCUGAGAGUGUAACUCCAUCUUAUGUGCCGUAUAUGACAUGGAGAGCUUUGAAGCACUUCUUUGGUGGAGCAAUGGGCGUUUUCACAACACAAACCCUUUUGAGCUCAGUUGGAGUCUCUAGGAACAGGGCUACUCCUGCUGCUGUUGCUAUUAACUGGAUUCUCAAGGUAAAACCAAUACUUCAACUUCCAGUUGUAUCUUGACCUCUAAAUGGUAUUACAAUGUCCCUCAGGUCACAGGGAAAGUGCUGCUUAUUAUGAUUCAUUUGGUAUUAGUAGUUCAUGGGCAAAAAUCAGGAUGAAGGAGUAAAUGUCUAAAAAGAUACUAUCUUAAAUUAUUUCUCUUUUACAGCAUGACUCUUCCACCAUUAAUUCAUAUUCUUUUCUUCCUAAUCUUAUUCCAUGUCAAGAUUUUCUGAGAGCGUAAAAAAAUGGAAUUGAUUCUUUUUACCAUUUUUAAGUAAGAGUUUCUAGCUACCUAAUUUCUUCACUCUUUGGAUUAUGGUGGAAACCAGGAAAAAGGUUAAUGCUUUGGAUGUUUUGGAGAGAGAGAAAUAGAAGAGCCUUUUAUUUUCCUUUGAAAGAGAAAUAGAAUAACUUUUUUAGGGUUGGCCCAGUUCCAUUUGUCCAUUGAAAGACUUUGCAUACUGCUAUACUGUAUUUUUGGCAGAUGGUUGUUUGUGUUAGAACAUGCAGUUUGUACAUAGAUCAUAUAACCUUUUCCCUAUCUAGCUCUAGUAAUUACCUAUGGUGCACCUCCUUGAUUGCCUUGAAUAUUCCCUUUCUUUUCCCUAUAAAACAAAAUGCAACUUGCAUCAACACUCCUCAUUUGCGUCAAAUAUAACUCAGUUACAAUGUUUAAGAAAAAAAGUAUGUGCCUUAAUAUAGGCACCAAGGGGUGCCAUGUACAAAAUAUAAAAGUUUAUAUGCAUUUUUGUUACCUGUGUUUUUUAAUUUAGUUUGUACAAUGUUUAUAUACAUUUACAAAAAUGAAAAUCUAGGAGAUAUUGUAGGAGAAAAUCUAAUCAGAUUAGUCUAAAUCAGUCUAGAAUCAAGGAUCCUAAUCCGAAAGGCGAUCAUGCUAGAAUUGGAAAAGUUUGAUUACGAUUCCCUCAAAUCUGGAAUCCUUAUCACUUAACAACUGUUUUGAAACAGAAAGCAUGUGUUCUGGUAAGCAAGUGGUUGUUCUUUUUAUCUUGCGACCCUGUUUUGUAGUGGAGUAUAGACACAUAAAGGCUUAUGAAGAAUUCCUUCCUUUUGAAAGGAGGAGGUUAAGGCUUGGUUGAAGUAAUCUUGGGCAUUAUCAGUUCUAAAACAUCUAAUUGUUACCCCAAAUUGUGUCUUAAUCAUGGUAUGGUAUUAAGGAACAGCACGAUUAAGUUUAGUUUUAGAUUUCAAUUGGAAAAAUCUAAGUAACCCGAGUACGAUCAUUAAUGAAAGAAAUAAACUACCGUGCCUCAGAGAUGUUGGGAGUAUUAGUGGGAUCCAAACAUCACAAUGAAUCAACUGAAAAGGAAAAUUACUUCUUUUAUUACUAGAAGAAAAAGGUUACACAUCAAUAUUUUUCUAGUUCAAAUACAUUACAGUGUAAACUUUCACUAUUGCAAUUAGAAAAUAAAGAGGGAAACAUGACAUUAAUUGUAGAGAAAGAAGAGUAUCCUAGUCUCUUGUGAUACAACCAUAACUUAUCUAAAUGUACCGGUAGAGAGAAUGGUACUGGGUACGUCAGGUGUAUGCAGGAUAUAACAUGUCCCAAGCCUUAGCACGUACAAUCAUCCUCCCUGAGUUCUAGUCCCAAAAUUUACAAAAAGAAAGAGAUCACUUUACAAUUAGGACAAUGGGAUAAUUUGGUUACAAUAUAAGAUUGGUGCAUAAUUUAGGUACAUGGAGAACGUUCAUAAAA